CAAGCUCAUAGCAUAAAAUAUCAAUGGAUAUCUCCGUCGCCAGUGCCGGAGAAUCCCUCCCCGGAGGUUCUCCAAACCAUGACCGUUUGCAAGAACUGAAGGCCUUCGACGAAUCCAAGGCCGGUGUGAAAGGUCUUCUCGACGCCGGCAUCACCAAAGUGCCGCAAAUUUUCCUCCGGCCGCCAGAGGAGGUCGCCGCCGACGAGCCAAUUUCCGGCGAAAUGACUCCGACCCAGUUCAGGAUCCCGGUGAUCGACCUCAGGGACGUCGCCGGCGACCGCUCCAGCGUGGUGGCCGGAGUCCGGCAGGCGGCGGAGGCGGUGGGGUUCUUCCAGGUGGUGAAUCACGGAGUGCCGGAGAAGGUGUUGGAGGAUAUGGUGGCGGUGGCGCGUGGGUUUCACGAGCUGGCGCUAGAGUUGAAGGUGGAGUAUUAUAGUAGGGACAUUACUAAGAAGGUGAAGUAUAGGAGCAACUUUGAUUUGUAUGAGUCCAAGUAUUGUAAUUGGAGGGACACCCUCAAAUGUGUCAUGGCACCUCAACCUCUUGACCCUCAAGAAUUGCCUCCCAUUUGUAGGGAUGUAAUACCAGAGUUCUCAAAGCAAGUUGAGACAUUAGGGAGCCUUUUAUUUGAAUUAUUGUCUGAGGCAAUUGGACUGAAGCCUUACCAUCUUAAAGACUUGGACUGUGCAAAAGGGCACUUACUACUGUGUAACUAUUAUCCCUCAUGUCCUGAGCCUCAACUGACUUUGGGCACCACCAAACACUCAGACCCUGAUUUCCUCACAAUUCUGCUUCAAGACCACAUUGGGGGACUUCAAAUCUUGUACCAAAAUCAGUGGCUUGAUGUUCCCCCUAUUCCUGGAGCACUUGUUGUAAAUAUUAGAGAUGUUUUGCAGCUUAUUUCCAAUGACAAAUUCAAAAGUGUGGAGCACCGUGUUCUGGCAAACCAUAAAGGGCCUAGAGUAUCAGUUGCAUGCUUUUUCACACUUGAUCACUUCCCAUCAACAAGAACAUAUGGUCCCAUCAAGGAACUAUUGUCAGAAGAUAACCCCCCAUUGUAUAGGGAGAUUUUAUUACAAGAUUUCAAUGCUUACUAUAAUAACAAGGGACUCGAUGGAAAUUCAGCUCUUGACCAUUUUAAGUUAUAGAGAUAAAAGUGGAACUGAAAAACUGGUUAUGUCAUGUACACAUAUUAAGACAUGGUUCUAAGAACAAAUUAAUUGUAAGCAUAGUGCACAUGCAUUUGACUUGUUUUUAUCACAAGUCAUACAGUAAUAUUUUGAGGAUUGGUACAUUUUUUCUUCUGCUGUUGUUUUGUCUCUCUUUUUCUUCUGUAUGUGCAAAACAUUAUAUACACACUGCAAAUUAAUUUUCCUUCGGAGAGGUAACGGGUAUGUUUAUUUUGUUGGUAUGUAAUGCAAAUUCUUAACGUCACGUA